CACGCUCCCCCCCCACCCCGAGGGUGGCUCAGGAGGCAGCGGGAGGGGAUGGUGUGUAUCGCGGAGGCGGUGGCCGCUCCGGCUCCUCCACCGCCCCCCGCCUUCGCUGUGGAUCUGACCAGGGCCCCCCGGCCCGCACAGAUAUGAGGCAUCUAUUAGCAAGCUAAAAGUGACUGAACCAUGGCUCAGUUUCCAACACCUUUUGGGGGCAACCUGGAUAUCUGGGCCAUAACUGUGGAAGAGAGAGCUAAACAUGAUCAGCAGUUCCAUAGUCUGAAACCAACAUCUGGAUUUAUCACUGGUGAUCAAGCUAGAAACUUUUUUUUCCAAUCUGGAUUACCUCAACCGGUGUUAGCACAAAUAUGGGCACUGGCUGACAUGAACAACGAUGGGAGGAUGGACCAGAUGGAGUUUUCUAUUGCUAUGAAACUUAUCAAACUAAAACUACAAGGUUAUCAGCUCCCCUCUGCACUCCCUUCUGCCAUGAAGCAGCCUCCCAUUGCUAUUCCUGGUGCACCAGGGUUUGGUAUUGGGGGCAUUGUCAGCAUGCCAUCUCUUACAGCUGUAGCCCCAGUACCAAUGGCGUCCAUUCCAGUAGUAGGAAUGUCUCCACCUUUAGUAUCCUCUGUUCAUACAGCAGCAGUGCCUCCCCUGGCUAAUGGAGCUCCUGCUGUUAUACAACCUCUGCCUGCUUUUGCUCAUCCUGCCACAUUGCCAAAGAGUUCUUCGUUUAGUAGAUCUGGACCUGGGUCACAGUUAAACGCUAAACUGCAAAAGGCACAAUCAUUUGAUGUGGCUAGUGUGCCUCCUGUAGCAGAAUGGGCUGUUCCUCAGUCAUCAAGACUGAAAUAUAGGCAGCUGUUCAAUAGCCAUGACAAAAUGAUGAGUGGACACUUAACAGGUCCACAAGCAAGAACUAUCCUUAUGCAAUCAAGUUUACCACAGGCUCAGUUGGCUACGAUAUGGAAUCUUUCGGAUAUUGACCAAGAUGGAAAACUUACAGCAGAAGAGUUUAUUCUGGCUAUGCACUUAAUUGAUGUGGCCAUGUCUGGACAACCAUUGCCACCUGUACUGCCUCCAGAAUAUAUUCCACCUUCAUUUAGAAGAGUACGCUCUGGCAGUGGCAUCUCUGUGAUAAGCUCAGUAUCUGUAGACCAAAGGUUGCCAGAAGAACCAGUGUUGGAAGAAGAACAGCAACAAUUGGAAAAGAAAUUGCCAGUUACGUUUGAAGAUAAAAAACGUGAGAACUUUGAACGUGGCAAUCUGGAGCUUGAAAAGCGGAGGCAGGCCCUUCUGGAGCAGCAGCGCAAAGAGCAAGAGCGGCUAGCACAACUGGAACGGGCAGAGCAGGAAAGGAAAGAACGCGAACGACAGGAGCAAGAACGUAAAAGACAACUGGAGCUAGAAAAGCAAUUAGAAAAACAACGCGAAUUGGAACGUCAGAGAGAAGAAGAAAGGCGGAAAGAAAUAGAAAGGCGUGAGGCUGCAAAAAGGGAACUUGAAAGGCAAAGACAACUUGAGUGGGAGCGUAAUCGUCGGCAAGAACUACUAAAUCAAAGAAACAAAGAACAAGAGGACAUAGUUGUGCUGAAGGCAAAGAAGAAGACUUUAGAAUUUGAGUUGGAAGCUCUAAAUGAUAAAAAACAUCAGCUGGAGGGAAAGCUUCAGGAUAUCAGGUGUCGAUUGUCUAUCCAAAGACAUGAAAUUGAGAGCACAAACAAAUCUAGAGAACUGAGAAUUGCAGAAAUUACACAUUUGCAACAGCAGUUACAGGAGUCGCAGCAGAUGCUUGGAAGGUUGAUUCCAGAAAAACAGUUACUCAAUGACCAACUGAAACAAGUUCAGCAGAACAGUUUGCACAGAGAUUCUCUUCUUACUAUCAAAAGAGCCUUAGAAGCCAAGGAACUAGUACGCCAGCAGCUUCGAGACCAACUAGAUGAAGUAGAAAAAGAAACCAGAUCAAAACUUCAGGAGAUUGAUAUUUUCAAUAAUCAACUGAAGGAGCUGAGAGAGAUACAUAACAAGCAGCAGCUUCAGAAGCAAAAGAACUUAGAAGUUGAGAGGUUGAAACAGAAGGAGCAAGAGAGAAAGACGGUAGAACUGGAAAAGCAAAAAGAAACCCAAAGACGAAUCCAGGAAAGGGAUAAACAGUGGCUUGAUCGAGUGCAACAGGAGGAAGAGUACCAGCGGCAAAAAAAACUUCAGGAAGAAGAAAAGCCAAAAAGGGAAGAAAUAAUCAAGAAGACAGACAGUGAGGAUAAGGGCAAACAGGAAAUGCAAGACAAACUGAAUAAGCUUUUCCAUCAACAUCAAGAGCCAGCCAAGCCAGCCAUCCAGGCGCCCUGGUCAAGUGCAGAAAAAGCUCCACUAACUAUUUCUGCUCAGGAGGAUGUAAAAAUAGUAUAUUAUCGGGCAUUGUAUCCUUUUGAAGCCAGAAGCCAUGAUGAAAUCACUAUUCAGCCAGGUGACAUAGUUAUGGUAGAUGAAAGCCAGACUGGAGAACCUGGGUGGCUUGGAGGAGAACUGAAGGGAAAGACUGGAUGGUUCCCUGCAAACUAUGCAGAGAAAAUACCUGACAACGACGUUCAAACCUCUGUGAAACCAGUAGUUGACACUACUGUUGCACCUAAAGUUUCUUUGCGUGAAACACCCCCAACUCCAGCAGCUCCAGCUCCAACAGAAUCUACUGCAACCACCAACAACUGGGCCGACUUCAGUUCAACGUGGCCGACCAGCACUAGUGAGAAACCAGAGACUGAUAAUUGGGAUGCUUGGGCAGCUCAACCGUCUCUGACUGUUCCAAGUGCAGGGCAAGUGAGGCAGAGAUCAGCCUUCACCCCAGCCACUGUUACCGGAUCAUCGCCUUCUCCUGUCCUGGGGCAGGGUGAAAAAGUAGAGGGCCUUCAAGCACAGGCCUUGUAUCCUUGGAGAGCCAAAAAAGACAACCACCUCAAUUUUAACAAAAAUGAUAUCAUCACAGUUCUGGAACAGCAAGACAUGUGGUGGUUUGGAGAGGUCCAAGGUCAAAAGGGAUGGUUUCCCAAAUCAUAUGUGAAACUCAUUUCAGGCCCCAUAAGAAAGUCGACAAGCAUGGAUUCUGGUUCUUCAGAAAGUCCUGCUAGUCUAAAGAGAGUAACAUCACCAGCAACUAAACCAUCUAUGUCAGGCGAAGAAUAUAUUGCCAUGUACACAUAUGAGAGUUCGGAACAAGGAGACUUAAUCUUUCAACAAGGAGAUAUGAUUCUUGUGACAAAAAAAGAUGGUGACUGGUGGACAGGAACAUUGGGUGACAAAUCUGGAGUCUUUCCUUCUAAUUAUGUGAGACUGAAAGAUUCUGAGGUCCCUGGAACUGCUGGAAAAACAGGAAGUUUAGGGAAGAAACCUGAAAUUGCCCAAGUUAUUGCCUCUUACACAGCAACAGGACCUGAACAACUUACCCUGGCUCCUGGUCAAUUGAUACUCAUCAGAAAGAAGAAUCCAGGUGGAUGGUGGGAGGGAGAGCUCCAAGCACGAGGGAAAAAACGACAGAUAGGAUGGUUCCCUGCUAACUAUGUAAAACUUUUAAGUCCUGGUACCAGUAAAACUACACCAACCGAGCCACCUAAAUCAACAGUAUUACCGUCUGUGUGCCAAGUAAUUGGCAUGUAUGACUACACUGCACAGAAUGACGAUGAACUGGCAUUCAACAAAGGCCAGAUCAUAAACGUCCUGAACAAGGACGACCCAGAUUGGUGGAAAGGAGAAGUGAAUGGACAAGUGGGUCUCUUCCCAUCCAACUAUGUGAAACUGACGACAGAUAUGGACCCAAGCCAGCAAUGGUGUGCUGACUUACACCUCCUGGACAUGUUGACGCCUACUGAAAGGAAAAGGCAGGGAUACAUCCACGAACUGAUCGUAACAGAAGAGAACUAUGUAAAUGACCUGCAGUUAGUCACAGAGAUCUUCCAGAAACCACUGAUGGAGUCUGAGCUGCUAACAGAAAAAGAGGUCGCUAUGAUUUUUGUUAAUUGGAAGGAGUUGAUUAUGUGCAAUAUCAAACUACUGAAAGCACUGCGUGUUCGUAAAAAGAUGUCUGGGGAGAGGAUGCCAGUGAAAAUGAUUGGCGACAUACUGACCGCACAGCUACCACACAUGCAACCUUACAUCCGGUUCUGUAGCUGCCAGCUCAAUGGGGCAGCAUUAAUCCAGCAGAAAACAGAUGAAGUCCCAGAGUUCAAGGAGUUUGUUAAAAGGUUAGCAAUGGAUCCUCGCUGUAAAGGAAUGCCGCUGUCAAGUUUUCUGCUAAAGCCUAUGCAAAGGGUAACAAGAUACCCGCUAAUAAUUAAAAAUAUAAUAGAAAACACUCCUGAAAAUCACCCUGAUCACAGUCACUUGAAGCAUGCUCUUGAGAAAGCGGAAGAAUUGUGUUCCCAAGUAAAUGAAGGGGUGCGUGAGAAGGAAAAUUCAGACAGGCUGGAAUGGAUCCAGGCUCACGUUCAAUGUGAAGGCCUGUCUGAGCAACUCGUCUUUAAUUCUGUUACAAACUGCUUGGGACCACGCAAGUUUCUGCACAGUGGAAAACUCUACAAAGCCAAGAGCAACAAGGAACUGUAUGGUUUUCUGUUCAAUGAUUUCCUCCUGCUGACUCAGAUCAUAAAGCCUCUUGGUUCCUCUGGUACAGACAAGGUCUUCAGCCCCAAGUCUAAUCUGCAGUAUAAAAUGUAUAAAACUCCCAUUUUUCUAAAUGAGGUACUAGUAAAAUUACCCACAGACCCUUCUGGAGAUGAGCCCAUCUUCCAUAUCUCCCACAUUGAUAGAGUCUACACGCUUCGUGCAGAAAGCAUAAAUGAAAGGACUGCCUGGGUUCAGAAAAUUAAAGCUGCUUCUGAACUUUACAUAGAGACUGAGAAGAAGAAGAGGGAAAAGGCCUACUUAGUUCGCUCCCAAAGGGCAACAGGCAUUGGAAGGUUGAUGGUGAACAUUGUCGAAGGCAUUGAACUAAAACCUUGCAGGUCACAUGGAAAGAGUAACCCAUACUGUGAGGUGACAAUGGGCUCUCAGUGUCACAUCACCAAGACUAUGCAGGACACUCUCAACCCUAAAUGGAACUCUAACUGCCAAUUCUUUAUCAAAGAUCUGGAGCAGGAUGUACUCUGCAUAACCGUGUUUGAGAGGGAUCAGUUCUCCCCAGACGACUUUUUGGGCCGAACUGAAAUCCGUGUGGCAGACAUUAAGAAGGAUCAGGGCUCAAAGGGACCAGUUACAAAGUGUCUCCUCCUGCACGAAGUCCCAACAGGAGAGAUCGUAGUCCGACUAGAUCUGCAAUUGUUCGAUGAACCUUAGAGGAAAAUGCACCAAUGUUUCACUUUAAUCUGAGUUCACUGCAAUAGGUGUCUGCAGAAGCUGUCUAGAAAUCCUUAUUCCUUUUAUAUGAAACUACUGCUUGUUCUUCAUGUGCAAGGGGGUUAUCAAAGCAAACAGGAAAAUCUAUGUGCCUUGAUAAUCCUUGCUGAAAAUUGAAUCCCAGUUUUGGGAGCAGAUCUCUGUCUCUGUGUGGAACUUCAUUAUAGUUUUCAGGGUUUCUGAAGUAACAUAGUCGUAACUUGUGCUCCAAGCUGAAAGGUGAACAAACCAUGUAGGUUGUUGCACUUACUCCAGUUACUGUAAUGUUUAUUUAAAUGAAGAGGGCACUGAUUGUAUGUUUGAAGGCUUUCUGUAAACUUCCCCAUAGGAAUUUUGUGCCUAUUGCCCCACAAAGUGGUGUAUAAACAUGACAUGAAUGAACACUUACCAGGUAAGAAGAUCUCUGAUUUUCUUUAGGAUUGUUAUGGUGGUAUUUGAAAUGUUGUUGUUUUUAAAUAUAUUAACACAGAAGGUACCAUUAUUGCACUCUCAAAAUAAGGUUUAAAAGAAACUUAAACAAUGCACAGGCCUUGUGCUGGCGCUCUCCACAGCAGUGAAUUUCACCCUAACAGAGUACCAUCAUUUCCUGGAGGUUUGUAAAUGUUUAAACAAUAAGUGAAGGAGAUAGAAUGUUGUACUGUACCACUUCUUUACUACUGCUGCUUAAUUGUAUGAAAGCUGAUGGAUGAUCAAGUCACCAGCUAUGACAAGAAAUCACUGCUCUAGCUCAGGAAGCUAAUUUCUACCCUGUAGAGUCUAGAUUGCAAAGCAAUCAGUGGUGACUGGUUAUUAAAUUGUACUGUGCCUAAACAUAUUUGACAUCUUGGUUUUGAAAUCAGGACAGUAGCGUACUGUAGCUCACA